UGCUCAUCUCUCUCGCCUCAAGAGGUCAUUCUACCUACAGUUUGUUUGCCACUUGUUGCUGAAAAGCUUCUCGUCCCGUCCUGCAGACUCAAAUCCGAUAUACUGUAUGUAUAUAUAGAAAGAGAGUUAUUUCCUCCCUCCCCCCCACACCACCACCAUCACCAACACAACACCACAUUUCCUCGCGAAGCAGCAGCUCGAUGUUGAAGCAGGACCACAUCGACGUCUGACUUGCAGCUGAAGAGGGACAGUUUUGAGUCAAUUCGUUUGCUUUGACGGGAGAAGAAGCAUGGUUGACAACACGAGCAUAGCAACUAAAUCUGCCUUGCAAGCCGCCUUCUCGUCUGCAAGCCCGCUGCCGCUGCCGCUGCUGGUGGCGGCUCCGGGCGCACACGGUCACCUCUCGGCCGCUCACUCGCAUCAGCCCGCCGGCGGCGCGGGUAUGAAGCUCGAGGCUGUCAUGGAGAACCUGCAGAAGCAGCAGGCGGCUCGUUUGGCGCUCGAGGAGAAGCUGCGAAGCCAAGCCGAGAAGGACAAGGACCUCCGGGCUGUUUUAGAGCAGCAGCAGCAGCAACAAGAGCUCGCGUUCCGCCACUAUCAGGCGUCGGUGCGUGGAGCUCUGGCGGCGCACCGCAUGAAAACCAUCUUGAACUUGGACGACUCGGACUCGGACGCGGACGACGAGCGCACCGCCCUGGACGACGAUGACGACGAAGACGAGCGGGACGCGGAGGACGAAGACAGCGCGAAAGACGGCGACGACCUCGCUGGAGACCUGGCGCGCUACGCGUCGUGCCACGCCGCGCGCUUCGGAGGAAACGAGUCGCCGAAGAGCUCCAGAGGUCAGACUCCGUACACGGGGGGCCGACAGCCCGAGUCUCCGCACGCGCAGCCCCAGCACCACGAGUGGACUUAUGAGGAGCAGUUUAAACAGUCAGGAAAAGACAGCCAACCUGGGAGCGAGGCGAGUAAUUCAAGUGUUCCUUCCCGUGGUGGUGGUGGUGGUGGCUCCUCGUCUCUGAUUCAGGAGUUGUAUGAGCUCGAUGAUGAUGUAAAAAGAAAAGAAUUUCUCGAUGACCUCUUCAGUUUCAUGCAGAAAAGAGGGACUCCAGUGAAUCGGAUUCCUAUCAUGGCCAAGCAGGUGUUGGAUCUCUACACUCUCUACAAGCUUGUCACCGAAAAAGGUGGCUUAGUGGAAGUCAUCAAUAAGAAAAUAUGGCGCGAGAUUACCAGAGGUCUCAACCUCCCUACCUCGAUUACCAGUGCAGCUUUCACUCUCCGGACCCAGUAUAUGAAGUACCUCUAUCCAUACGAAUGUGAAAAGCGAGGGUUGAGCUCACCUGGGGAGCUGCAGGCAGCCAUUGACAGCAACCGGCGUGAGGGCCGCAGACAGAGUUACGGCUCAGCCCUUUUUAACUACUCGCCUGUGGGCACCCCCACCUUGCUGCCCUCACCCAAACACCCCAUCACCCACAUCAGCAUAGGAACCCCCAACGGAGGUCAAAUGGCCCACACACCGGUCAUCAAGAAAGAAGACUCUAUGCUUUCCAACUGCCUGACAAAUCGGAUGGGCAUCCCCAUGCCCCUGAGUGGGCACCAUGGUGCAGCUGCACAGGCUGCAGCGGCCAUGCAGGCAGCUGCCAUUGAGCAGUUGAGAGAGAAGCUGGAGGCUGGAGAGCCCCCAGAGAAGAAGGUAAUGCUGAUGGCUGAGGAGCAGCAGAGGAUCAUGCAGCAAGCGCUUCAGCACAACCUUUUCGCCAUGGCCAGCCAACUGCCGAUGAAUAUCAAGCUCAACAACAUAGAUGACAGACAAGAGACUGCAUUGAACCUGUCUACCAACGGCAUUAGCAGCAUCAACAUGUCAAUAGAAAUAAAUGGAGUUGUCUACACAGGGAUCCUGUUUGCCCGUAAGCCAGCCAUCUCUGUGAUGCCAGCUAGCCAGCGAGGUCCUCUUCAUGUCAGCUCUCAGGGAAAGAGCAACAGCCCUGGUCUCCUCAGCCACAGCAAGCCGUCCUCUUCCUCAUCCUCCUCCUCUUCCUCCUUGCACGGACCGACUGCCUCGCCUUAAGCCAACCCUACCAAACCCUGCUUGUUUUCCCAAAGCCAGAAGGCAGGCUGCUAAACUCUCCAGACUGUGUGUGUGUUUAAUUUUUUUAUUUUAUUUUUUUUGUAUUCUCUGAUGGUGACUUUUUUUUUUUUACACAUCACCCUCCCAUCCAUGCAAAGCCAAUCAAUCACCUAAACAGUACUUCCAGCAUAUAUGAAGCAUGUUCAGUAUACAUACUGUGCAGGCUUUCAGGACUCACUUUUGAGUACAGUGCCAAGAAGACAAGAAGCUGUAAGAUAACAGGAAGGACGAGGAAGAUGAUAUUUCACAGAUAGGACUCUUGAAAUGAAGAUUGAUCUGAUGUUAAAGAUGAAAAUACGCUUUGUCCUUCUUUAUCAUUCUGUUUAUGUGAAUCAGACUAGCUUUAAUACCAAAAUACCAAAGAACAUAUGAAUAACAUUGUGAUAUUGUGCACAUGCAUAUUCUCCUAGUAUCAUCAUGUUUAGAUGAUGCCUGUGCAGAAAUGAAAUAUGCAAUGGUAAAGAUUAUUAAACUAAAUCACAAAAUUACUAUAUCAGUGGUAGAAAAAGCACAUUCCGCUUAACUUGGGGCAUCAAAUAGUCAGGGAGAUAAAUGCAAAUUCUAUGUCAUAUUUUAGCUUUAACUUUCUUUAGAGUUAAAAAAAGAUUUGAUAUGAACAGAAAUGAGUAAUCCCUUGAAUGCCACAUAAUCCACAAAUAUUGGGACAAUCAUAAGUCAUUUAUAUCUUAUACAGAUAUAGUAGUAUUUGGUGAUAAUCUGUUACCUAAGCUGGCAGAAGUUUUCACAGUCCUCUGCCUCAGUUUAAUACCAAGGUUCAUAAGCGUUCAUAAAAUGUAGUUUUUUAUUUCAUUUAAAUUAUCAUUCUGGUCAAAAUAGGUUUCUCAUAGCUACAUCAGUUGUAAAAUCGUUUGUUUUGGGAUUGUGUAGUUUAGGACUUUAUUAUGAAAACUGGCUGAGCACUUCAAUGCAACUCCCUAAUAUGAGGAAAACGUAUACAUAUGUGGUUAGGAGAAACAAAACACACCCCAAACAGUAGUUAAAUAUAUGAGAAUUUAUCUUCUAUUGUAAGUUGAGUCAGAUUUCUGAUUUACUUUUCUUGUUACCUUAUACUUUUGCUCCAAUUUCAUUUUUGUUUUUAAGGAUAUUUGAGGUUUUUUUUUUUGUUGUUAUUCUUUUUUUUUUUUUUUUUUUUCAGAAGUUUGUAAAGCAUAUAAUUUCAAAUUCUAUUUAUUAUUAUGAUAAUUUUCUUUUUUGCUGUUUUAGACUUUUUUUAAAUCCUGGGAUGCAUCGUUGAGCAGCUCCAUGGUUGAAAAAAAAAAAAGAGAAAAGAAAAAAAAAAUUAUUUUAAAUGCAGCCAGAUACCUCACAAUUGUACCUGUACAUACGUGUAAUAGAUGAUGAAUUUACAAGGUAUACCUCAUUUUAUUUCAUUUCAUUUUGUGAAGCCACUUGAAAAAAAUCAAAGCUUUUGUUUUAACAGAUCACUGGAUUUUUUUUUUCCUAUUUUGUAUUAUUAUUAUACCAAAGAAGGGAAUUAUAUUGAUACGCAUCUACCUCAUUUGUUGUAGACUGUGCCAAUGAACAUGACCACAAUUUUUAAGUGUAACUUUUAAGGCUGUACAUCAGACGUACAUAUGGAAAGACAAGUCUGCAGACAACACAGGGCACAGUGUAAUGUGCAUUUCUUGUUCAAUUUUGUCUGUGGCAUUUUUAUGUGUGGUUCGGAAAAAGAAAUGCCAGAACUGUACAUAUACAAUCUAUUCUGAGCGAUUUAUUAGUGACUGGUUUGUUGAUGAUAUGAAUGAUCUGAAUCAUUGCUUUAAGUACACCUUACAAGAGAAGCUAUAACCAAUAACAACCAUGUUAUGUGGAUUCUAAGCAUCUGCAUAUGCACAGUGGUCUUGGCAAAGUUCUUAUAAUUGUUAAACUCCAGUGUUUACUUGAAUCACUGUUUGCAUGCACAGCAUUUACUUGGGUUUAAAAGACGAGCAAGGGUGGAGUUUCCAAAAGCAGGUUGCACGAUUGAUCACAUGAUAUGAAGUUCAAAUGAUUUACCUGAGCCAUGUUGUAUGAAAUCCUAAGAUGGUCAGGGUGAAGCCCAAAUGCAAGGAAAGCAACGACAGCUGUCUUAGGAGCUCAUUCAUAUUAAAUAAAACAGCAUUGUUCCUAAACUUUAAAAUACCAACACACUUUGCAUUACAUUUGUUGGGUUUUGCAUUAGCUAGGUUUCAUUCCCUGGUAAAUGGCUGCAGUAAUCCCCAUAAAAUAAAAACCCAGCAAACCCAAAAAAUAGUUGUUUUAUCUCAUUAGAAAGGCUUCAAGACUUAAGAUCUAAAUGCCUAAAAGUGCCCUAUGAACAUUUUACUGAAGUUUAGGGAUUUCGGUUAUAUUAUCUGCAACUAACUUUGCUUAUUUUUCAUUGAUUCAAAUAUUAAUUUUUGCCAUCUUUAUUUAAAUACACAAAAAACUUGAUUAUAUAUACAGUUCAGGCCUUGGUUGAAAAGUGACAACCGUAAGAAUGUAAAAAAUGUGUCCUGAAUUUAGCACAACAUUACAUUAGAUCAUGACCGUAUUUUUUCAAAUGUAUAGAAACAAAAACAGAAGGGCAUAUGUGGAACACAGAAUGGGGCACAGUCGUGUUGUCACAAAGUGUUGUGCUCUAAGAGAUGUUUCUUUGGUUUUUAUUCCGCAGCUAUGGCACAGAUUGAUAUCUUUUCACAUAGAUGCCGCUUCAUAUCUCAUCUCUAAACUGCAGAGAUGUCUGUGCAACUCUGGAGUAUUUGUCGACUGUGAAACGAGAACAUGAGUCAGCGCGAUUCUUGUAAAACCAAAGCUUUUUUUUUAAAAACUGUUCAACAUCGGAAAGCUUGUUAACAAAGUUGAAAUCAUUUUGUUGAAUGUUGGAAAAAAAAAGAAGAAGAAAGGGUUCACUCAUGUGCUUACAAGACUAUGUUUACUAUGUUAAAUAUGUACACAAUGCUAUGAUGGUAGAUUUUAGAUUCUUUAUUCGCUGUGUAUGAAGCUUCGGAAAAUUUCUUUCUAUUCCUCUUUUUAUUUUAUUUGGAUGAUCCAGUGCAUUAUGGGAAAGCUGGAUUGUGGUGCUCAGGGGUUAAAAAAGUAAGAAAAGAAAAAAAAAACAGGUGAAAGAUUUUGUUUGUUUGUUUUGCCAUUAACUUGUAGCAUAAUUAGAAAUAAAGUACUACUUUCAACUUUA